AUUUGUAACCCAGUGAUGCGUCGCAUCAAAGUUCCCUCUUAGCAGAUAACAAUGCGCGAUCCUUACAUAGCCAGUACUCCGAGCACUCGCUCUUGAUUGGCCGAUGGGGCUCAUAGCUUUCACCGAGCUGCACGGAUUUGUUGAGGUGUAACGUGAGUGGUCCACCCUCGGCCUUCCUACGCUUAUAUAAAGAGACUCGAGGUCGGUGAAUGGCGAUUGCUCCGCUAGCGUUGCCAUCUCUCGGACCAGUCCCAACAACACUCGGAAACAUGGUUAACACGCUCGCGCUGUGCUCCGCGGUAGCAUUCCUGGUCAUUGGUGCGUGCGCCGCACCUGCCGACGACUCGAGCGCUCCCGCACAGGCGCUCGGAGGCGUCGCAAGGCUUUUCGAGCAGAUGGAACAACAAUGCUUCCAAGAAGCUCAGUUUACCCCAGAGGAGAUAAGGACAGUUGUAGACGUCCGCAAACGAGCUACGGAUGAAGUGGGAUCGCAGAACGUGGCGAGUAUUUUUUUCUGCAAAUUACUGAGUUUAGUUAGUUAGUUAGUUAGUUAGUUAGUUAGUUA